AAUGUUGGCAAAGUAAUAGAUCAAGACGUCCGGAUAUUAAUAAAGUUGCUACUUCUCUUAAAAAAUUAAUGUCUAGUUAUCAUUCAUCUGUUUCUGUUAGUAGGCAAGGAGUAAAUGAUAGAGAGAGUAAAAAAUCCAUCAUAGAUAAAUAUUCUAAAGCUAAGGAGCAAGUCAAAACAUAUAAUUUAAUAUUUGAUAAAGAAUUUAGAAUGCACAAAGAAAGUAAUACAAUGAGAGAUGAGUAUUUAUCGGAUAUCCAGUUAGAACCUAGAGAUCCAUUAGAUGAAAAUAAACAUUUACAAGAAAUACAAUUAAAUCCGGCAGAAAGGGUUGAUUUAAGUAAAAUAUUAGCACACCAAUCAGUGGAUAACAAUCUUCAACAAUUUGUUCCAUUAUUUAAUACAUUUAACGAAGUAGCUGAUAAAAUGUUAACAAUAUAUGAAUCUGCAGAAUGUAAUAAAAAAAUUUGUUCAGCAUUAUUAUUUCGUGUUGAAAUAGCACGAACUUGUGUGAAACAUUUACAAAGAAAACAUCAAGCUAAUGCAAAAAAUUUUAGGCAACGAGAUUAUUAUCUUCGUUGGGUCAAAUUUUCUAAUAUUUUGAAGAAUAUUAUGAUAUUUGCUGAUGAAGUUGCGCAAUUAUCAUGGUUUCGAAAAUUUUCAAAUGUUAAUAUGGUUAUAGAUGCUUUUUAUGCAAAUAUAGUAGAAUUCGAAGAUUCUUGUUAUGAUUUAAAUUUAACUGUAGUAGUGUACAGUGCAGAACAAAGAGAAAAAGAGGCACAAGAUGUAGCAUAUGAUAUUUUAAUUUUGAAGAAGUCAAUGGAUAGAAUGCAGCCUGAAACUAGAUUAUUAACUACAGAGAUUUCUGCAUUGAAUGCAGCCAAACACUCUUUAAAAAAUGCUACACCUGAGACUAUAGCUACAAACAUUCCGAGAAAAGUAUAUAAAAUGCCUAAAAUAAAAUCGGAGGAAUUUAGUGAACCACCCCCCUCUAAAGAUAAUAUCCGUGGUUCAAUUUCGAAAAAAAUUUACCGUGGAGCUGAAGUUGCAUGUGAAAGAGUUUUUGAUAAAACUGAAAAGCUAUUCAAAUUUGAAAUUCUUCACUUAUUAGGAUCAAGUCCGGAAAAAGGAUUUGUUUACUCUAAUAUGGAUGAAACAUUUCGAUGGUUAGCUCCAGAAAGGAUGAAAAAUCCCAUUCCUCGUUAUAAUAAUCAAUCUGAAAUGUUUAGAGAACUUGCUAGAAUUAUUAAGUCUGCUUGGGAAGAAGAGCCAUCAUCUCGUCCUUUAGAUUUAGAGUUACAGUUAAAAUUUGAUGAACUUUAUAACAAAUAUAUACACUCUGAAGAUAAUGCUAUAGGUUUCGAAAUGCUUCGAAAUCGAAAUAGUUCUCAUAUCAUUCCACAGAGUUUUAACGGAAGUUUAUUUGAUGUAUCUACUUUAAAAAAUCAAUCUAGAGCAGCAGAAUUUUUAGAAAAAAUAUAUAAAGAAUCCAAAAAUGAAUCAAUUAUUAGCGAAAUUGAAAGUGAUGAAUCAAAAACUAUGCUUCUUAUUGGAAUAACCAGUGAUGAUGAUUCAAAAACUAUAGUAAUUACGGAAUUAAUCAUGAAUGAACAACCAGAAAAUGAAGCAACCAGUAUUAGAGAAUCAAUGAAUGAAAUAGUCACAGAAGAAACCAAGGCUGAAGAAUCAAAGAACGAAAUGAUCACUAAAGUCGAAGAAUCAAAGAGCGAAAUGAUCACAGAAGAAACUAAAGUCGAAGAAUUAAUGAAUGAAAUGGUCACAGAAGAAACUAAAGAGUCAAAGAACGAAAUAAUCACAGGAAAACCUGAAAUUGAAGAAUCAAUGAAUGAAAUGGUCACAGAAGAAUCAAAAAGUGAAGUAAUUACAGAAGAAACUAAAGUACCUUCUACUUGGAAGCUCAGUUCCAUACUUAACUCUUGCAAAAAAAUACAUCCAACGUAG